GGGUGCUGAGAGAACAAACUUUGAGCUAACUUACGAUAGCUUUGUUAAUUGUUUUAGCUAAAUACACUCACAUGGAUGAAAAGCAUACUGCCGUAUCCGGGCUAUAUAAACACUGGGUGGAUGAAGGUAAAAAGGAAAGUUUGACUUAGUUUAGCCAACUUUAAGGCGGAUAUCAAACGUCAUAAAUCUUUAACAUUAUAGAAGACCUAAGGGAUGUUAGCCAAGCUAGUCUUUAGCUCAGAGAGCUAAAAGAGUGCCCGGCACAAGUAAAUGUCACACAGCCGUCAGCAAAGAAGACGAUUUUGUUGCAGAAUGGUCAAUGAAUGAGUCCAAUGUAGAGAGCGGUGAAGAUGGUGGCCCCAGGUGAGGUGACAGGAGCAACAACAGUUGUCCUCCCCACCCUGACACUGCUGUCUGGGAAUGGGACUUCAAAUGGGUGUACACUUGGAGGGCAGACUUUGUUUAAGCAGGACAUGAAGCGAGCUACAGCCAAGGUAAAGAGAAAGCAGCAUGUAUUCACUCAUGGCCUCCAUCACCUGCAUCACCUUUCCUGUGACAGCCCUGUGCAUUUCAUGAUGUAUUCUGAUGCUGCUGGAGCGUUCAUUAGCCUCCAUUCAGACAACACAGCUUCCCUUUACAACGCUGAUGGCCAGAAGAUGACUUCCAUACCGCACCUGCCCUUCAUGGGCCUGACUGCCACACAGAUCACUGGCUGGCUUGUAGGUUGGGGCCCAGGGCCUGUCCUCACACUUCUGGACAGUGAGUUACACCUUCUGGAUGCUGCUCCCGAUGCCCUGGACAUCUGUGUGUGUCAGGCUGCAGAACAUCCAACAGAGUUGGUAACUGCAGGUGUGGGGAAUGUUUGUGUGUGGUCCGUGAUGCUCAUGAGGUGUAAAAUGAAGAUACAGGAGGGACUGCAGCAUAGCACAUUCACUCUCAUGGCAUUGGCUCCUCCACGAUCUGACAGGCCCCACAGAGCCUUCGUCGUGUGCGGGCGGGUUGUGACGGUGGUCGACCUCAAUGCUGGGAAGGUUUUGGAGCACAAGAGGGAUCUCUGCUCACGAGAUAUCACCGCGAUGGUGUUCUGCUCUCAACAGGACUGUUUGAUCAUUGCAACUGAAGAUCUGUCCAUCAGAAUAUGGGGUCCAGAUUGGGAAUUACGGGUGGCCUUUGUUGGACAUCACGGAGUGGUGAACUCACUGUUCUACUGCCCUCCAUUAAGCAUGCUGUUCUCAGCCUCUGUGGAUUUUACGUUUCGUUGCUGGAACAUCGAAGAAGGUGAUGUGGUCGAGUGCAUCCACACAGAGCAGAAACACCCUCCAUUGUGCAUUGGAGGCAACAGAAAGGGAGACACUUUCUUCUCCUUCUCUAAGCAGGGAGUUGACUUCUGGACCAUCAGAGCCUUGUACACCCUCCACUGUGAACUCAAAGGGGAUGAAGGAGCCCCACUGAGACAAAUCCUAGUUUCCCCCUUCCCUGCUCCUUACCCUAAACGAGUGCUCUGCCUCAGCGGGGAAAGCAAUAUCACACUUGUGGCUGCAGAAACAGGAACAGUGUUGACCUAUUUCAAGGCAAAGCAGAGGAUUUUGUGUGCUGACUACUGCCUGCAAAAAGAGAUUCUGCUGGCUCUGACUGAGACAGGUACAGUGCUCCAAGCCAACACGCUCACUAAUCCAAUCACUUUGAUGCAAGAGUGGGAGGGGAGAGGCCAGGGGCCUUGGCGUCCGAGGGACAAUAUGACUGAGCAUGAUGCCAAGAAUCUGCCCAUCCCUGGCCAGGCAUGCUGCUUGGUAUUAUACAGUUGCCUGGCUGAAACACAGGCAGCUUUAGAGGAGUGGAGGAGUUUGCAGGAGAGUCGAGGAUGCAUUCACAGGAAGAAAGCGGCGCUAGAUGAUGCCAAGAAUAAGUUUUUAAUCAUUCUCGGCCAAAUUGGAGGCUGUGUGAGUGUUGUGAAGAUGCAUGAUGGGAAGGUCUUAUACCGUACUGCAGCACACCAUGGCCAGAGAGUUACUGCAGUACAGGUUCACCCUGAAAAUGGCUACCUGCUCUCCACAGGUGAGGACAUGCACGUGGUGGUGUGGAGGGUGAGCCCUUAUGUCCAGGAGUGUCUCAGCCAGCAGCUGAGCCUGCACUGUGACCAGCCUCUAGCCUACCUGGCAGCGCUGGCUCCCCAGCUGGCCCUGGCGUUUCAAGAGCGCAACAGUGGCACCUACAACCUGAUGCACUUCAACACAGACAACCACAGCAGUCAUACAACCAAGGACGGACAUUUAGACCCAUUCACAGGAUUGUGUGUGUGUCCUGAUCUAGACAUUUUUGUCUCCAGCAGCCUGGAUGGGACAGUGUGUGUGUGGAAUGAGGAGAGUCAACUUCUUGCCACACUACAGCUGAAUGCAGUGCCCGAGUGUCUGACUUACGGUGGGUUUGGAGGGGAGCUGUUUCUUGGCAUCAGAGGAGGUCUGUACAGAAUGAAUUGUGCAGAGUUCCUGCCACACAGCUACCAACAAAUGCUUCUUUAUACUUAUUCUGCCGAGCCUGUCCCGGACUUUCCUAUCAUCGAGAAUACAGAAAAGAGAAUAAAGAAUGUGAGUCCAGACACAGAUGAGGGAGAGGAUGACACAUGGAGACAGAAGGAGAAUGAGGGCUUAGUGAUCUCGAACAAGGACGUAGCUGCACUCCUUGAAGGCUCAGUGAAAUGCAAGAAAGGGAAGCCUCCCAGUACGAAGGCUACCAAGAAAGAGGCUUUUGAUCGCUACAUGAGGAUGAUAUAUAGGCUCCCGCCCAGGAUUGAGAUUGAUUUCGAGGAGUCGUUUGACCCAAACAAACUUCCAAUUUAUCCUAAACCAUGUGAUGACAAGCCCCGUAACCUCCCUGAGAUAAAAGAGGAAGUCGUCCCUGAACCUAAAUUAAACAUCCCUGUGAUUGUGGAGAAAAAGACGGUGCAGGCAGAAAAGCCUCCAGCAAAAAUCUAUAAACGAAAGACCUUGAUGAAAGUCAAGCCAAGGCCUGUUGUCAUACCCAAAAAACCCGUCAUCGUGGAGCAGGAUGAAGAGCCUCCAGAGAUAAUUCCGCCAGUGGAACCACCCAAACCCAGAACUCCAACUCCUCCUCCAAAUCCAACUCCGCCUCCUCGCUUUUCGAGAGCCCCGACACCGCUUCCACAGCGGGAACCCAGCCCUGAGAUGCUGACGUUCCUCAUACAGUUUGCAGAAGCAGCCUGGUUUAAAGAGCUGUAUCCUGAUAAAAAGUGCAUCCCGAGCUCCCUGUCUCCAGAGGACUUCUCCUUGCAGCUGCUGGGCUGUCUCGACACCUGCAGCGCUGCAUGUAAAAUGGAGCUCCUCGCUGCAUUGCAUGCACUGCACAGCCAGGGACUCCUACAGAACACAGACAAACUUUACCAAGGCCUCACUGACUUGCUAACUAAGUUUGUUGGACCUCACAUGUCACCCGUGGAGCAGACUGUGCUCGUUGAGAUGUUAAAUCUGUUGAUGCAUCUUAAACCUGCCAGCUGUGACCUCGGGAAAAAGCUGCUCGCUCUUAUGACUUUUAAAAAACUGGGUCUCCGUGAAACAGUGCUGCACAUGCUGACUACAUUAGGGGUAAAUGAGGUUGAGCAGUGGUUGUGGCCUGAGCUGGAGAGCUGGGACUCGGAGCGGCAGGACCCCUCUGACAUCUGGAAGAGCCUCCAUGACAGAGCAGAUCGUUGGCUGGAGUUAUGGAUCUCCAAAUACAAAGAACAUGACAGGUAUCUGUACCUCAGGAGCACAGAAAAGUGGAAACCACCAAGUUUCGGCAUGGUGGAUGUGCUGAACUAUUUCUGCUCCGUCCGAAAAGACGAAUACAGAAAGGCCCAACGUGUUGUACCUUCUAACCGCAAAAACACUGUGGUUUUGCCCCUGUACGACUGUAGUUCUCAACCAAUCCUUCGUCUAGGAGAGACUUACACCAUGGCCAGGGUGUCCAGGCCAACAGGUUCAACUCUGCCUCCGCUGAGAAAUCGCCCCUCCCUCACACGCUUUCCCAAUUUCAUCUCUUUGCCUUUCUCUCGGGUCACUCUUUUCCCCUUCCGUGUCUACUCAGACGAGGACUGGGUGAGGGUCUCAACCCGCCGCUACUUCUUCCUACACCAGUCAUACGUAGACUACUACAGAUGAUGCCUCUUUCUCAAGUCUGUAACACCUCAUGUCACCUCAACAGUAGAUGGUUAAAGCAAAUAAGAGGCUUAGUCUUGGGUUGUUCUUUUCAUAAAGCACAGAUUUUUAUGGAGUAGAAAGUAUUUUUUGAAUUGGUGCUACAUGACCAGAGAGAGCAGACAAAAUAGGCUGUGAUAUUCACUCGUAGAAAACCUACAACAAUCAGAUUUUACAUCGGACCAAGUAAGCAGAGUUUGCCUUAAACAAACAUGAGUCAUGUAACAAACAUUGUUCAUAGUUUUGACAAUUAAAUUACCCUUGAAACGUUG